AUGGACGGCAAGGUCCUCGACAAAGCCGUUCUGGGCAGAGGGAUCCCUAUUCAGUCUCCAAGAAGACACUGGUCUGCAAGGAAACCAGGACUCGCGGGUCGGAUCGAUAUCGGCCCUAGCACAGCUGGCAUGGCAGCCCUUUGUCUACAUGGCUGA